GUCAAGGAUUGCUCGGCAGCGCAUAUGCAUAUGUCAACUCUGACUACACCAUUUGAUGGGUGGCUGACCUGUUCGUCACGACAAUUGGCGAACUGGAAUUUCAAGCUCUUAUCCGGCCGGAAUCUCUGGCAGCCUGGUCUAGAUAUCCUUUUGUCAGCCCCCGUCUUCCAUGGCUACCAUCAUUCUGGCUGACAUAGGAUCUAUCUUUCUUUUUUCACCAUCCAUCUCACACACUCGCUUUCCAUCUAGAAGCAGCUUCUUCUUGCGCUGUUUCAUCCCAUCUUCUGAAAGCUCAGGAUCCCAUUCUGAAGAGCUACACUUUCGCUUGAUGACGUAGAGCUAAGCUACCUAUAGGUAGUACAGCGACAUGGCCUCUCGUUCAAGCUGCGGCCUCUUUUGGCCUAUACAUGCUCCAGUUCUGUCAAUCUUGCUUUCAAUCACGCUGCUGUGUCUCGGCGUCUCGGCACAGCCUAGUGACAAUCUCAACGCCAAAGUUUGGGCAGUCGUUGCAUAUAUUAAUCAUGGAGAAAAGACUCCCACUUUCGGCGGCUUGCGAAAUGUUCUUACACCCACGGGAGCUCGUCAAAUGUGGAGGCAAGGAAGUGCUUUCCGAAACCGCUACUUGGGCAGUCGUAACUCCACUACCUUUUCUAAUACAACGGGGAACACAAAGAUUCAGGGAAUCUCUACAGAUGCCAUCAGCAAUGAUCAGCUCACCAUCUUGUCUCAGACAGAUGAAUGGGUUUCUGGAGGUGCUAUGGCUUUCCUACAGGGCUUAUACCCGCCCAAUCCCAACGCUUUCAACAGCCUUGCUGGGGGUCGAGAGGUGGCUCAAGAUCUCUUUGCCAGCCCAGAUCCGAUUGACUAUCCUUUGGGAGGUUAUCAGUAUCCUAAUAUUGAGACUCUGUCAAUGACAGACUCAAACUCCGUUGCCAUCCAAGGUACUAGCCAAUGCUGGGCUUGGGAUAGCAACGUAAACGCGAUAAAGCUGGAUGAUCCUAUGGGACGCUUUAGGUCAACUCAAAGUCUCUACACGUCUCUCUUUGCCACACCACCUCUCAAAGGCACGAUACCCAACGCCUCGGUGAAUUACUGGAACGCGUAUGGCAUAUACGAGUAUGUAAAUUACAUGAAUACUCACAAUGCGACUGUCACAGCUGGGUUAGGAUUCGCCAACGACACCAUCGCUGUGCUCAGAGCCAAUGCCUUCGAAUUGGAGCGUACUAAGAAUGGGGACACUUUGAAAGAUAAUCCAACAUUCGCCUACAACAACAUCUCUACCAUUGCUGGACAAACUCUUGCUAUGCAGAUUGCAAGCUCGCUCAGUGCUACCAGCAUAGGGGUUGGCACACCACUGACACUCAUGUUUGGUUCUUACGAGCCCAUGCUGGCUUUCUUCUCCCUAAUAGGCCUCUAUUCCACGGAAAAUCUGCUUUCUGGCCCAUUCUCCACGCUUCCAAACCCUGGCUCGGCCAUGAUCUUUGAAUUAAUCGGCACAAACCCGGGUGACGUAAACGCAAUGCCUUCGCCUCAAGAUUUCAUGCUUCGGUUCACAUAUCGAGCCAAUGCCGAUGUUGGCGAGCCAUUCUCGGCCUAUCCCCUCACUUCGAUGGGCUUUGAUAGCCAGAUGAUUCCUUAUACCUCUUUCUUGGGUCAGCUUCAGGCCUUCACCCAGGACUCUGUACAAUGGUGCACCACUUGUCGAGCCAUCUUUGCUCCCUGGUGCAGUACAAGCGCCGAUGCGUCUCCCUCAGAUCCUUCCUCUACCAGUGAAAGCUCCUCAGUGAGUGCACCUGUUGCUGGCGUCAUCGGUGCCAUGGUGACACUGGCCGUGACUGGCCUUGCUGGACUUGCUCUCUACAUGCUUGGAUUCUGCGCCUUUGGACGUCGAUCCAAGCCCAGUCUACGUAGCGGCUCUCCAGGCGGCUUCAAAGGAUCAGAUAAGAGAGCUAGCGAUGUUGAUGUCACCGUUACGGAUCGCGGUAUGCGGCAUGAAAGGAUUGGCAGCUGGGAGCUGAGAGAUGGAUCGGGCGAGCCUCCGGUAGGGUCUGCUGAUGUAGCGACAGCCAAUUUGGGGCGGAAUCUGGACGACGACGAAAUCAGUCUAACAGGAGUCCAGCCGGUGAAAAUCCACGAGACUGUUUGAAUGCAGCCAUGAGACGAGACGAGACGAGAUAAUGCGAGAUGAGAUCCGGCGAGACUCGGUACAUGAUAUCCCACAUUUUGCUUCACUUACAUCUUUUCGCAUCACUGAAAAAUUAGGUAAUAUCGUCCGUCAGACUGAAGGAUAGCUUAAGAGCUUUUUUUUACUGCUGCUUCUGAAUAUCGGUUAUGCUACCUUACCUUAUAAUAAUAUACCAGUC